UCCUGCUAGGUCGAGUUGCUUCCCCGCGCCGAGCUGAACCUGAGCAGAGAGUUUCUGAGGGCAGUGCGGGCGCAGGAAGGGGAGUGAGGCUGCAGUGCGAUGAAGCAGCGGCUCAGCGAGCGGAGACAGGCGGUGUGGCUGGACCAGCCGGCCCAGGGCCCGCGCUGCUGUUCCCUAGGCUGCUGAGGCGCGGAGAGCGGCGGCCGGCGCGGAGAGCGGCGGGCGAGAGGGAGGAGAGGGAUCGGAGCGCGAGGGAAGCCGGCUUGGCUGCCGGCGGCUCUGGUGGGCCUCCCCGAUCGGGGUCCCCAGGGUGGAACCAUGUGGGUGGCCAAGUGGCUGACUGGGCUGCUCUACCAUCUCUCGCUCUUCAUCACCAGGUCUUGGGAAGUUCACUUCCACCCCAGGCAAGAAGCCCUGGUGAGGACACUGACCUCCUACGAAGUAGUGAUCCCCGAGCGGGUCAAUGAGUUUGGAGAAGUGUUCCCUCAGAGCCACCACUUCAGCCGGCAGAAACGCAGCUCCGAGGCGCUGGAACCCAUGCCGUUCCGAACCCACUAUCGCUUCACUGCCUACGGGCAGCUCUUCCAGCUGAACCUGACCGCCGAUGCAUCCUUUCUGGCCGCCGGCUACACCGAGGUGCACUUGGGAACCCCGGAGCGCGGGGCCUGGGAGAGCGACGCAGGGCCCUCGGACCUGCGCCACUGCUUCUACCGCGGCCAGGUCAACUCACAGGAGGAUUACAAGGCCGUCGUCAGCUUAUGCGGAGGCCUGACGGGAACAUUUAAAGGACAGAACGGUGAAUAUUUCUUAGAACCUAUAAUGAAGGCAGAUGGGAAUGAAUAUGAAGAUGGUCACAACAAGCCACAUCUUAUAUACAGACAAGAAUUAAAUAACUCUUUUCUGCAGACUCUGAAGUAUUGCAAUGUGUCAGAAAGUCAAAUAAAGGAAACCAGUUUACCCUUUCAUACCUACAGCAACAUGAAUGAAGAUCUUAACGUAAUGAAAGAAAGAGUUUUAGGACACACAUCAAAAAAUGUGCCAUUGAAAGAUGAAAGAAGUCAAUUACAUUCCAGGAAAAAACGUCUUAUAUCAUAUCCAAGAUACAUUGAAAUUAUGGUUACAGCUGAUGCUAAAGUGGUUUCUGCUCAUGGAUCGAAUUUGCAAAACUAUAUACUGACUCUAAUGUCAAUUGUUGCAACAAUCUACAAAGAUCCAAGUAUUGGAAAUUUGAUACACAUAGUAGUGGUAAAAUUAGUUAUGAUUCACCGUGAGGAGGAAGGACCAGUCAUUAAUUUUGAUGGUGCUACCACAUUAAAGAACUUUUGUUCAUGGCAACAAACUCAGAAUGACCUUGAUGAUGUUCACCCUUCCCACCAUGACACUGCUGUUCUUAUCACUAGGGAAGACAUUUGUUCAUCUAAAGAGAAAUGUAACAUGUUAGGUUUAUCAUAUUUAGGUACCAUAUGUGAUCCUUUACAAAGCUGCUUUAUUAAUGAAGAAAAAGGACUCAUUUCUGCUUUUACUAUAGCCCAUGAGCUUGGGCACACACUUGGUGUUCAACAUGAUGAUAGUCCUAGAUGUAAAGAAAUGAAAGUUACACAGUAUCAUGUAAUGGCCCCUGCUUUAAGUUUUCACAUGAGUCCUUGGAGCUGGUCAAACUGUAGUCGGAAAUAUGUUACUGAAUUCCUAGAUACUGGUUACGGGGAAUGUCUUCUUGACAAACCACAUGAAGAAAUAUAUAAUCUGCCUUCAGAACUUCCUGGAUCACGAUAUGAUGGAAACAAGCAGUGUGAGCUUGCGUUUGGUCCUGGGUCACAAAUGUGUCCCCAUAUAAAUAUAUGCAUGCAUCUGUGGUGCACAAGCACAGAAAAGCUUCACAAAGGCUGUUUCACUCAACACGUGCCACCAGCAGAUGGAACAGACUGCGGUCCUGGAAUGCAUUGCCGUCAUGGGCUAUGUGUAAACAAAGAAACGGAAACACGUCCUGUAAAUGGUGAAUGGGGACCAUGGGAACCUUACAGUUCUUGUUCAAGAACAUGUGGAGGCGGAAUCGAAAGUGCAACCAGGCGCUGUAAUCGUCCUGAGCCAAGAAACGGAGGAAAUUACUGUGUGGGCCGCAGGAUGAAAUUUCGAUCAUGUAAUACUGAUUCAUGUCCAAAAGGCACACAAGACUUUCGAGAGAAGCAGUGCUCUGAUUUUAAUGGUAAACAUUUGGACAUCAGUGGCAUUCCCUCUAAUGUGAGGUGGCUUCCAAGAUACAGUGGCAUUGGCACAAAGGAUCGUUGUAAACUCUAUUGUCAGGUUGCUGGAACCAAUUAUUUCUACCUAUUGAAGGAUAUGGUUGAAGAUGGUACUCCUUGUGGAACUGAAACUCAUGACAUCUGUGUUCAAGGCCAGUGUAUGGCAGCUGGUUGUGAUCACGUGUUAAACUCCAGUGCCAAGAUAGACAAAUGUGGAGUGUGUGGUGGGGACAACUCUUCAUGCAAGACAAUAACAGGUGUCUUCAACAGUUCUCAUUAUGGUUAUAAUGUUGUUGUAAAGAUUCCCGCAGGAGCAACAAACGUUGACAUUCGUCAGUACAGCUAUUCUGGACAACCAGAUGACAGUUACCUUGCAUUAUCUGACGCUGAAGGGAAUUUUCUUUUCAAUGGAAAUUUUCUUCUAAGUACAUCAAAAAAAGAAAUCAAUGUGCAAGGAACAAGAACUGUGAUUGAAUACAGUGGAUCAAAUAACGCAGUUGAAAGAAUUAAUAGUACUAAUCGACAAGAGAAAGAACUUAUUUUGCAGGUGUUGUGUGUGGGUAAUUUAUACAACCCUGAUGUACAUUAUUCCUUCAAUAUCCCUUUGGAAGAGAGGAGUGACAUGUUCACAUGGGACCCCUAUGGACCAUGGGAAGGCUGUACCAAAAUGUGUCAAGGUCUUCAGCGAAGAAACAUAACUUGCAUACAUAAGAGUGAUCAUAGUGUUGUGUCUGAUAAAGAAUGUGACCACUUGCCACUUCCAUCAUUUGUUACUCAAAGUUGCAAUACAGACUGUGAACUAAGGUGGCAUGUUAUUGGCAAAAGUGAAUGUUCAUCCCAAUGUGGUCAAGGAUAUAGAACCUUGGACAUCCAUUGCAUGAAGUAUUCCAUUCAUGAAGGACAGACUGUUCAAGUUGAUGACCACUACUGUGGUGACCAGCUUAAACCUCCUACCCGAGAACUAUGCCAUGGUAACUGUGUCUUCACAAGAUGGCAUUAUUCAGAAUGGUCUCAGUGUUCCAGGAGUUGUGGAGGAGGGGAAAGGUCUCGAGAAUCUUAUUGUAUGAAUAACUUUGGCCAUCGUCUUGCUGACAAUGAAUGCCAAGAACUGUCCCGAGUGACGAGAGAGAAUUGCAAUGAAUUCUCCUGUCCCAGUUGGGCUGCUAGUGAAUGGAGUGAGUGCUCCGUAUCUUGUGGAAGAGGUACUCAAGCCCGCUAUGUAAGCUGUCGUGAUGCUCUUGAUAGAAUAGCAGAUGAAUCAUAUUGUGCCCACUUACCCCGACCUGCUGAAAUAUGGGACUGUUUUACCCCUUGUGGAGAGUGGCAAGCAGGGGAUUGGUCACCCUGUUCAGCUUCUUGUGGCCAUGGAAAAACAACUCGACAAGUUUUAUGCAUGAACUACCAUCAGCCAAUUGAUGAGAAUUACUGUGAUCCUGAAGUUCGCCCUUUGAUGGAACAGGAAUGUAGCCUGGCAGCCUGCCCUACUGCACACAGCCACUUUCCUAGUUCCCCUGUGCAGCCAAGCUAUUAUCUAAGCACGAAUUUGCCAUUAACUCACAAACUUGAAGAUAAUGAAAAUCAGGUGGUCCAUCCAUCAGUCAGAGGAAACCAGUGGAGAACCGGACCAUGGGGAUCAUGCUCCAGCAGUUGUUCUGGAGGUCUUCAGCGUAGGGCUGUGGUCUGCCAGGAUGAAAAUGGACAAAGUGCUAGUUACUGCGAUGCAGCCUCCAAGCCUCCAGAGUUACAGCACUGUGGUCCAGGGCCUUGUCCACAGUGGAACUACGGAAAUUGGGGAGAAUGUUCACAAACAUGUGGAGGAGGAAUAAAAUCAAGACUUGUAAUAUGUCAAUUUCCCAAUGGCCAAAUAUUAGAAGAUCACAACUGUGAAAUCGUAAACAAGCCACCUAGUGUAAUACAGUGUCAUAUGCAUGCUUGCCCUGCUGAUGUGUCAUGGCAUCAGGAACCAUGGACAUCGUGCUCAGCUUCUUGUGGUAAAGGUAGAAAGUACCGUGAAGUGUUUUGCAUUGACCAAUUCCAAAGGAAAUUAGAAGACACAAAUUGCAGUCAAGUACAGAAACCUCCAACUCACAAAGCCUGUAGAUCUGUCAGAUGCCCUUCAUGGAAAGCCAAUAGCUGGAAUGAGUGCUCUGUGACCUGUGGCUCUGGAGUUCAGCAGAGGGAUGUAUACUGCAGACUGAAAGGUGUUGGUCAGGUGGUUGAAGAAAUGUGUGAUCAGUCCACCCGACCUUGUUCUCAGAGGCGAUGUUGGAGUCAGGACUGUGUGCAGCACAAGGGGAUGGAAAGAGGGAGGCUGAAUUGUUCAACAUCAUGUGAGAGAAAAGAUUCACAUCAACGAAUGGAGUGCACAGAUAACCAAAUGAGACAAGUGAAUGAAAUAGUCUAUAAUUCUUCAACCAUAUCUCUUACAUCCAAGAAUUGCAGGAACCCUCCUUGCAAUUACAUUGUGGUAACAGCAGACUCAUCACAGUGUGCAAACAACUGUGGAUUUAGUUACAGACAAAGGAUUACAUAUUGCACCGAGAUCCCAUCUACUAAGAAACAUAAGCUCCAUCGACUUCGGCCUAUAGUUUAUCAAGAAUGCCCUGUGGUGCCUUCCUCUCAGGUUUACAAAUGCAUUAACAGCUGUUUGCAUUUGGCCACUUGGAAAGUUGGAAAAUGGAGCAAGUGCUCAGUGACUUGUGGAAUUGGGAUAAUGAAGAGACAAGUGAAAUGCAUUACCAAACAUGGUUUGUCCAGUGACUUAUGUUUAAACCAUUUAAAACCAGGUGCUCAAAAGAAAUGUUAUGCCAAUGACUGUAAAUCAUUUACCACCUGCAAAGAAAUUCAAGUGAAAAACCACAUUAGAAAGGAUGGUGACUAUUACCUUAACAUUAAGGGAAGAAUAAUAAAGAUUUAUUGUGCAGACAUGUACUUGGAGAACCCUAAGGAAUAUUUAACACUGGUCCAAGGUGAAGAAAACUUUUCUGAAGUGUAUGGCUUUAGACUAAAAAAUCCAUAUCAAUGUCCUUUUAAUGGGAGUAGGAGGGAAGACUGUGAAUGUGACAAUGGACACUUAGCUGCUGGAUACACUGUUUUCAGCAAAAUAAGAAUUGAUCUCACUUCCAUGCAAAUUAAAACUACAGACCUUCUUUUUUCCAAAACAAUAUUUGGAAAUGCAGUUCCAUUUGCCACAGCUGGAGAUUGCUACAGUGCUUUCAGAUGCCCACAGGGACAGUUUAGCAUUAAUUUGUCAGGAACUGGGAUGAAGAUAUCCAGCACAGCAAAGUGGCUCACUCAGGGGAGUUAUACCUCUGUCAGCAUACGAAGAUCAGAGGAUGGAACUAGAUUUUUCGGCAAAUGUGGAGGGUACUGUGGAAAGUGUCUUCCUCACAUGGCUACUGGUCUCCCAAUUCAAGUCAUAUGAACAUUUAGAAGGGGGAAGUAUGCCCUAAAGAGGGGAUAUUCUCUGGAAUAUUCAAAUAACUGGUGCUCAUUUCUUUAUAUCUCCCUUCCCAAGAUUUCCAUGUCCAAUAUGUCUCUGCCUUUUUUUCAGGGUGCUCAUCAGGGAUUCAAAUCACUGCUUAAUAAGGUCUAUAAAAGAAAUGUAAGAGCUAUCUUAAUUUAUUUUAUAUCUAAUCAGGAUAUUUUUUAAAGAACAUAAUAAUUUAUAAUAGAGAAUACCAGGAUUGAAUGAAUUAUACCCAGACAGUGUUGCUCUUAACAUCUUGGCCUGGACCACACUUAUUUUAUACCUAUAAACACACAUGUAAAUCUCUGCUCAGUUUUGUACUGUACAAUGAAAUGUUUAUUCUACUUGCUAAAAUGAAGCAAGUAAAUAUUAGGAUAAUAAACAUUCAAAAUUACUAUAAACAUUAUUGAAUCUUUCCGACAAAUAGCAAAUCAAUAGUUACAUAAAAAAGCACAGAGCCAUUAUACUUUGUACUCAUACAGUUUAGAUACCUUCUUUUAUUUUUUCUUUAAUUUUUGCUUGUGGAUUAUGGGGCUUCAAUUAAAAAAUAGUCCUCAAAAUGAGGUACAAAUUGUGUAUUAAAAAUGUAU